AGUCUAUAACCCUAGAUCCUAGCAAAGAUCGGAGUCAUUUGAUCCGAAGGUCGAGUAUAACAAGUACAAACCCUAGAACUAUAACUACUCUUACUGCUUCUCAGGCCAGAACGAGGGAUUUACCACUCCGAUGGGUGGUAAGAAGAGAGGGAACGACUCCGUUGACGUAUUAGAGAAUCAAAUUGAUGCUCUCGCAGAUGAACUUCGCUCAAAGCCUUCAAAAAAUAUGAAAAUUGAGGAAACUGAAGAAGCGAGGGCAGAUGAAAUGGAUUCUCCUUCUUCCACCCCUAGUUCAAUCAAACCCAUGGAGAGGAGGAAAAGGAGGAAAGCACUGGAUAAGGAGAGGCAACGGAUUAAUUCUGACUAUAGGGAGGUGCCAAAAGCUACUCUGCAGAGUGAAGGUCUGGCCGCUCAUGAGACCUCUGCCCCAUUGCCUUCUGCAAGCAGUGGACUGCCUGAAUUCCAUAUUAGUGUUUUUAAGGAUCUUGCAGCUGCUGAUUCCUCCAUUAGGGAAGCUGCUGCUGAAGCCUUGGUAACCGAGCUACAGGAAGUUCAGAAGGCAUUCAGGAAGCUUGGAAAGAAGGGAAUUGACGAGGGAUGCUUUCAGUUAGAGGCUGAGAAUGAUGAUGGUUUUAAAAACUGUGCACCUUCUCUUAGAUAUGCUAUCCGUCGGCUAAUCCGUGGUGUUUCUUCUUCUAGAGAGUGUGCAAGACAAGGAUUUGCGUUAGGUUUGACUAUUUUAGUUGGUUCCAUUCCAUGUAUCAAAGUGGAUUCAGUGAUGAAAUUAAUAGGUGAUUUAUUAGAGGUCUCUUCCUCGAUGAAGGGUCAGGAAGCAAGGGAUUGUCUUUUGGGUCGUCUCUUUGCUUAUGGUGCUUUGGCUCAAUCUGGAAGAAUAGCUAAAGUGUGGAAUUCUGAUAAAAAUACCCAUCUCGCGAAGGAAUUCACCUGUAUUGUUAUAUCUCUUGCUUCUAAGAAGCGGUACUUGCAAGAACCAGCUGUCUCAGUUAUUUUGGAAUUGAUUGAACAGUUGCCUGCAGAAGCAUUAUUGAGUCAUGUUCUUGAAGCCCCAGGCUUAAAUGAGUGGUUUGAAGGAGCAGCUGAAGUUGGGAAUCCAGAUGCAUUGCUGUUAGCCCUGAAGUUGCGAGAAAAGGUUUCCGUGGAUAAUAAACAGUUUUACAAACUUCUGCCAUUUCCUUUCAGUGCUAAUAAGCUGUUCACCACUGACCAUUUAUCCUCACUUACUAUUUGCUUUAAGGAGUCUACUUUCUGCCAGCCUCGAGUUCACAGUGUCUGGCUUGUUUUAAUAAAUAUGCUCUUACCAGAUAUAGCUUCACAAGAGGAGGAUGCAGCAUUAGGUUUAAAUUCCACUAAGAAGACUAAAAGGAGUCGCAAGUGCAACUCAUCUGACGAAGACAUUAUGAAAAACCUCCACUGUUUCUGCGAAGUUGUUGUUGAAGGAGCACUUCUUGCGUCAUCUCAUGAUCGGAAGCACUUAGCCUUUGAAGUUCUGCUUUUUCUCCUCCCAAGGUUGCCUGCAUCGUGUGUGCAGAUUGUACUCUCUCACAAGCUUCUCCACUGUCUGAUGGAUAUCCUUUCAACCAAGGACUCAUGGCUAUACAAACUUGCACAGCAUUUUGUCAAAGAACUAUCAGAUUGGGUCAGGAAUGAUGACGAUCGACGAGUUGCAGUUAUUAUGGCCCUACAAAAACACAGUGGUGGGAGAUUUGAUUGCAUUACAAGGACAAAAACUGUUAGAGAUUUGGUUGCAGAGUUUAAAACUGGAUCAGGUUGCAUGUUAUUUGUCCAAAAUUUGAUGAACAUGUUCGUAGAUGAAUCACCUACUGUGGAUGAACCGUCAGAUCAGAGCCAGACAACAGAUGACAACUCAGAAAUGGGUUCUGUGGUAGACAAGGACUCUGCAGGAUCAUUGGCAACUCCUGAUUAUUUAAAAAGUUGGGUUAUAGACUCCCUUCCUCGUGUUUUGAAGUAUCUGAAACUGGAUCCUGAGGCAAAAUUUCGGGUGCAGAAGAAAAUAAUGAAAUUUCUAGCUGUUCAGGGCCUCUUCUCUGCGUCUCUUGGCACUGAAGUGAUGUCAUUUGAGCUACAGGAGAAGUUCAGAUGGCCAAAGGCAGCCACAUCGAAUCCACUGUGCCGAAUGUGCAUUGAACAGCUCCAGUUGUUAUUGGCAAAUGCUCAAAAGGAAGAGGGUUUUCCAUCUGUGUCAAAUGACCUUGAGCCAAAGGAUCUUGGAUCUUAUUUUAUGCGCUUCCUCAAUACACUGUGCGACAUACCUUCAGUUUCACUCUUUUGGUCCUUGAGCAAUGAGGAUGGGAAAGCAUUCAGGAGAUUACGAGCAAUGGAACUUUGGCUUGCUCAAGAGGAAAGGAACAAUGGACCAGGUCCUGCUGCAAAUAAAUUGCACGCAGUGCGGUAUUUGCUCUUCCAGUUGUUGCUGCAAAUCCUCCUUAGGCCAGGGGAAUUUUCUGAAGCUGUCUCUGAACUUAUUAUAUGUUGCAAGAAAGCAUUUGGUUUUCCUGAUCUCCUUGACUCAUCGGGAGAAGAUGACGAAUCCGAUAGUGGUGAGAUGCCAGAGUUGAUGGAUGUCCUCCUUGACACAUUGCUUUCUUUGUUGCCUCAAUCCUCAGCUCCUAUGCGGUCUGCUGUUGAGCAGGUUUUCAAGUACUUCUGCAACAAUGUUACCGAUGCUGGACUGAUCCGCAUGUUGCGGGUCAUAAAGAAAGAUCUGAAACCAGCCCGUCAUCAACCUGUGGAUAGCAAAGAUGAUGAUGAUGAUGAACAUGAAGAUGAAGAUCUUUUUGGGAUUGAAGAAGCUGAGGAAACUGAUGAAGUGGAGGAAUUGGAGACUGGUGAUAGUGAUGAUGAAGCAAACGACUCUGAAGAAAUGGGCCAAGUUGAGACAGCUGGAGAAGAACUUCCUGGAGCUUCUGAUGAUUCUGAUGGAGGAAUGGAUGACGAUGCCAUGUUCCGGAUGGAUUCCUAUCUUGCCCAGAUUUUCAAGGAGAAGAAGAACCAGGCUGGGGGUGAAACUGCUCAGUCACAACUUGUACUGUUCAAGCUCCGUGUCCUCUCACUGCUUGAAAUAUACCUUCAUGAAAAUCCAGGUAAGUCACAGGUUUUGACCGUGUUUUCGUACCUGAUACAGGCAUUUGUAAAUCUUCAUACUACAGAAGGUAGUGAACAACUUGAACAGCGUAUUUGGGGAAUCUUACAAAAGAAAAUAUUUAAGGCUAAGGAAUACCCAAAGGGUGAACAUAUUCAACAGUCAAACCUUGAAUCUUUGUUGGAGAAGAACUUGAAGUGGGCCUCAAAACCAUUCAAGAGAAAGAGGUUUGCUGCAAAUCCAUCAAAGAAAAAGCAGCCAGCCAGCUGGGCCCGGCACAAAAUGAUUGCUGCUCUUGCACAGAAUUCAACAUUUUGGAUUUUGAAGAUUAUUUAUGCAAAAGAUCUCUCUGAAUCGAAAACGCAGAAGGUGUUGGAUAUUUUCCAGCGUGUGUUGUUGUGCUACUUUGAUAGUAAGAAGUCUCAGUUAAAAUCUGAUUUUGUGAAAGAAGUUUUCCGUCGCCAGCCAUGGAUUGGACAUCAGCUUUUUGGCUUCCUAUUGGAGAAAUGUGGUAAUGCCAAAUCUGAAUUUCGGCGAGUGGAAGGACUUGAUCUAAUAGAAGAAGUACUGAAGUUGUCGGUUUCUGGACCGGAAAAUAAAGGUGAAAAGUACAUGUCAAGCAGGAGGUUUUUGAAGGAGCAUAUGGUAUCACUUUGUGAUCUGUUGGAGAAGCUAAUGAUGAACAUGCCAGAAAAACAAUCAAGGCGGGCUGGAGUGCGUCGAUUCUGUGAUCAGGUCUUGCAUUCAGUAUUGAAGCUUCACUUGAGAAAGUCAUUAAUAGGAUCUCUGACUCCAGAUGCAUAUGCUGCCUGUGAAUCUCAAUUAGGUGAUAGUUUUCUUCCUUUCAAGUCACAGGAACAAUGAUAAAUGGGAGUUUUGCUGGAAAUCCCCUAGGCCAUUGUGAAAGUUUUAGUGUGACAUCUCAAGCUCGGCCC